CGUACUGUACUGUCUUUGAUAUAAGCGCCAUGGAUGAGAUAUGAAAAAAAGAAAGGAACACGAUUGCCAUCUAGUGGAGAACGGGUUAAUCGUGUUGAAGUCCUUUGCCAGUACCGUCGUACAUAGAAGAGCUUAAUCUCUAUUACAAUACGGCAAUUUGCCCUCAGUUGUGAGAUCAGACAUGGCGUCCUCAUUGAUUUGCAGUGAAACACAGAGCAGAGUAAGCUCGGUUUUAAACAGAGAUGUCAAGCAAUUUGGGAAGAAGUACAUGUUUGACUCAAAUGAAGAAACUUGCUGGAACUCUGACCAGGGUGAUUCUCAGUGGGUUACUCUUGAAUUCCCACAGCCCGUCAGAGUGUCAGAAUUAAAGGUGCAGUUCCAAGGAGGCUUUUCAGGAAAAACAUGCAGAUUGGAAGGAAGCCCAAAAGCUGGAGAACUGGCAAACAUCACACAUUUUUACCCCGAAGACAACAGCUCACUACAAAGCUUUCCCAUUCAGGAGGCCCACAUGGUGCACAGGCUAAAAAUAGUGUUUGAGAACAGUGCUGACUUUUUUGGGCGAAUAAUUGUUUACUCCUUGGAUGUCCUGGGGGAAAGAGCUUUGUGACGUUUUUGUUUCUGCAUGAGAGAGAGCAAGACCUACAGGGAAAGAGGGUGUAGUACCAUUGAAUAACAUGACUGCUGGAAGACUGUACCACCCACAUGAACUUUGGAAUGGGAACCAUAUCUGACUAUUUUUGGUGAGGACAUUUUGAGUUGGUCACCUGCUUGCAUCACAGAGACAACAAGGGGAUAAAGGAGGACUCUGGAUCUGGAUUUUUAUUGCAGCUUUACAGGCUUUAAGGUCACGUAACCACAUGCCUAUUGAAAUGUCUUGUGCCUUAUUUGAUUUGCCAUUCCAAAUGAACAUUGUAAAAUUCUUAAGCUAUUUGUUUACAAUCACUUCAUUUUUUUAAAUAGAUAUUUAAACUUAGUAUGAUUGUCGUAAAAAAAAUACAUAUGAACGUCCUUAAUAUACAAAACAUUUGAGAGGAUGCUUACCUUUUUGUGUCUGAUGGUGACAGCUAGGGCAAUUGGACUAUACCCAGAAUCUGCCUCAAUGUUCAUGUCUGCCCCUUCUAUCUGAAUUAAAAUCACAUUACUGACUGGUUUUCUGAUCCACAACCCUACCUUUUUUUUAAGGUAUCUGUGACCAACAGAUGCUUAUCUGUAUUCCCAGUCAUGUAAAAUCCAUAGAUUAGGGCCUAAUUUAUUUAUUUAAAUUGACUGAUUUCACUAUAUGAACUGUAACUCGGUCAAAUCUUUGCUAUUGUUGCAUGUUCUGUUUAUAUUUUUGUUCAGUAUAUUAUUACACAGACACAGCACACAAGUCAUAGUGAUCAUGCUGGUUGUACCAGUCUACACAAGUCGGGCAAAUUGUAGUCUUUGCACCAUUGGUCAGUGGACAUUUCUCACCUUUGCUCAGGUUUGUACCCACCUGAGACUUCCCCCUGAGUAGCUAGCUGAUGGAUGGACAAAACAGAUGAGACAUCAGUAUAAAGGGUCAGUGUUAUGUACAUUUAGUUGUCCACAUAUUAUACCAAGUAAUAUGCAUAAUAUUUCAAUCUCCCUCAGUUAUAUACUAAUAUAAUAAGCCUACAGUACAGACAUAAAACUACAGAGGGGUCAUUUUGGGCCAUUCCUGUAACAGUGCAUUACCUAAUGGAUUAUGAAUGAGUGUGUAUACACAGCAGUGUUUUAAGGUAUUUUGCUUGUUUCAGACAGCCAUUCUUACCAUCUCAAGUCGAAUUGUUAGAUACUACUGCACUGUUGGAGCUAGGAACACAAGCAUUUCGCAACACCCUCAAUAACACCUGCUAAAAAUGUGUAUGUGACCAAUAAGAUUUGAUUUCAUUUGAAGUAGCUGGUCGGACUGUGACCUCGUUCCCACGCUGCCUAUUAAUGGGGGAGUUGGAGUAUUAACAAACUCGCAUCCAAAUCCAAGGAGCAAUACAGAGAUAUCAUGAUGCCUAUAAUCAUUUGACAAUUUAGGCAAACUGAAAAUGGUGCAGCCCUUUAUUGUAGACAAAUUGACAAGUGUGAUUAAUGCAUGGGAAAUCCUAUAGAGCGUUUAAAACCAACAUAUGUUGUUGUUGUAGGACUGACAGCCAUACCAUUUAACCCGUACUCUGGACUCCCCUGGUAGACAUGUAAGGUAGUUGAUUCCACUGCUAGGCCAUCAUCUGAGACCAUGUGUAUACUGGCUGCAAGAUCUGGUAUCUCAUCACCACCUGAACCAUCCAUGGUCACUUGCAUCAACAUCAAAAUAUAUAUGACCAUAUAAAUUAAGCUCUGGCCAGCAGAAGAACAAAUAUGGAACAAAUGCUCUAUAUUCUGAUUAUCUCACUGUUUGGCUUACUUUUCAAAACUGAAAUGAUGGAAAACCAUUCCCCAUCAGCUCAUGCAAAAUAGGAAAGUCUCAAUGGCACAGUAUACAAAUAUUCAUUGAUACCUUUAGGUUGCAAGGAAUGCUUUUAUAUGUCCUGUUCACACUAUGUAUCGGAUUAAAUAGCAACAUCAACAUUGCAUGCUUCUCUCCAACUUCCUAAUGGAUUAUGUUUGACUGACCUACGAUAUUGUCUCAGUCCGCCACAUAACACGGGUUACGUCGAGAGAGGAAAUAUCUAAGAAAAAAUGUCCGGCUCGUGUUGCAACCCGAACAUGAUUUGUGUUGCGCAUGACAAUAACACGGAAGUCCCUCUGACUAUUUCUGCUAACGUUUUUACAUUAAUUAAACCAUUGUAACUAUGUAAUUAUACAGCACCAGUCAAAAGUUUGGACACACCUACUCAUUCAAGGGGUUUUCUUUAUUUUUACUAUUUUCUACAUUAUAGAAUAAUAGUGAAGACAUCAAAACUAUGAAAUAACACAUAUUGAAUCAUGUAGUAGCCAAAAAAGUGUUAAACAAAUCAAAAUAUAUUUUAGAUUCUUCAAAGUAGCCAAACUUUGCCUUGAUGACAGCUUUGCACACUCUUGGCAUUCUCUCAACCAGCUUCACCUGGAAUACUUUUCCAACAGUCUUGAAGGAGUUCCCACAUGUUGAGCACUUGCUGGCUGCUUUUCCUUCACUCUCCGGUCCAACUCAUCCCAAACCAUCUCAAUUGGGUUGAGGUCAGGUGAUUGUGGAGUUAUCUGAUGCAGCACUCCAUCACUCUCCUUCUUGGUAAAAUAGCCCUUACACAGCCUGGAGAUGUGUUGGGUCAUUGUCCUGUUGAAAAACAAAUGAUAGUCCCACUAAGCGCAAACCAGAUGGGAUGGCGUAUCGCUGCAGAAUGCUGUGGUAGCCAUGCUGGUUAAGUCUGCCUUGAAUUCUAAAUAAAUCACAGACAGUGUCACCAGCAAAGCACCUCCACACCAUCACACCGCCUCCAUGCUUCACGGUGGGAACCACAAAUGCAGAGAUCAUCCGUUCACCUACUCUGCUUCUCACAAAAACACGGAGGUUGGAACCAAAAAUAUCAUAUUUGGACUCAUUAGAACAAAGGACAGAUGUCCAGCGGUCUAAUGUCCAUUGUUCAUGUUUCUUAUCCCAAGCAAGUCUCUUCUUCCUAUUAGUUUCUUUGCAGCAAUUCGGCCAUGAAGGCCUGAUUGACGCAGUCUUCUCUGAACUGUUGAUGUUGAGAUGUGUCUGUUACUUGAACUCUGUGAAGCAUUUAUUUGGGCUGCAAUUUCUGAGGCUGGUAAUGAACUUAUCCUCUGCAGCAGCGGUAACUCUGGGUCCUCCUUUCCUGUGGCGGUUCUCAUGACAGCCAGUUUAAUCAUAGCGCUUGAUGGUUUUUGCAACUGCACUUGAAGAAACUUUCAAAGUUCUUGAACUUUUCCUGAUUGAACUUUAUGUCUUAAAGUAAUGAUGGACUGUCGUUUCUCUUUGCUUCUUUGAACUGUUCUUACCAUAACAUGGAGUUGGUAUUUUACCAAAUAGGGCUAUCUUCUGUAUACCCCCCUACCUUGUCACGUCACAACACAACUGAUUGGCUCAAACGCAUUAAAAAGGAAAGAAAUUCCACAAAUUAACUUUUAACAAGGCACACCUGUUAAUUGAAAUGCAUUUCUGGUGACUACCUCAUGAAGCUGGUUGUGUGAAUACCAAGACUGUGCAAAGCUGUCAUCAAGGAAAAUGGUGGCUACUUUGAAGAAUCUCACAUUUUUUGGUUACUAUUUGAUUCCAUAUAUUAUAUAUAUAUGUUAUUUAAUAGUUUUUAUGUCUUCACUAUUAUUCUACAAAUUAGAAAAAUAGUAAAAAUAAAGAAAAACCCUGGAAUGAGUAGGUGUGUCCAAACUUGACUGGUACUGUAUACAGUAUAGCAUAUAACAUGGAGGACCAGGAGAUUCAACUUCAUGUUAAAAGAGGUCAUUAGCGAAUACUUUAACGAACGUUAGCAAGCCAGCUCGCUAGUAACUUUAGCUGGCUGCACAUUAGCUAGCUACGGUAGCUAAACAGCUAACGAUACCUGUCUUAACCAUACAUAGCUUUGGUAAACCUAGCUAUAUAUAUUAUUGUUUCAGUCACUCUGCAGUGACUGAAAAAUUAACUGAGAGCCUGUACGUAUUGGCUAACUAGCCAUCAGUGGCUCUUUAUCGACUGCAAGAGCACUUUAGAAGGUCCCUUCCAGAACUAGUGCUACACGAAGUAAGUGGUGACUCCGAAGCAAAACUUUACAUACUACUGGUUAAUAAGGAUACUACUAAGGAUAUUACUAAGGCAUACUACUAAGGAUAAUAAAUGUAGAUAGACAUGUGUUACUUUACAGUACAAAGUUACAGAGCUGUCCAAAAACGCACAUCAAAAAAAUCAUAGCUACUUUUGCAGUAACAACAUUCCUUUAUCUCUGCUCAUCUCUCCCAGACAGAUAUGCAGCUCUGGGAGGAGCAAUGUUAAAGAGCAACCUACACUGUAGAAUAUGCAUGCAGGUAACCUAUAGCUAGGUCUAUUGUAUAGGUUUUUAAUUAUAUUGACAACAUUUAUUUGCAACUUAAUAUUGUGGGCGAUUCCACGCCAGCGCAAGCAAAACAUAUUUUGUGUAUCAGAUUAGUCUGGCAGUUCUCACUUAGAAACUUAAUUGAGAGGAAGAAUGUUUUACAUGCUUUUGACAUUUUUGUCACAAAUCAUUUUUGCGAAAAUCAUGAUGAAAGGGGCCAUUUUAGGCCCUUUUAGACCUAUACAGUGCCUUCAGAAAGUAUUAAUUCUCCUUGACUUAUUCAACAUUUUGUUAUGUUACAGCCUGUAUUCAAAAUGGAUUGUUUUCUUACCCAUCUACACACAAUACCCCAUAAUGACAAAGUGAAAACAUGUUUUUAGAAAUGUUUACACAUUUAUUGAAAAUAAAAUACAGAUAUAUCUAAUUUACAUAAGUAUUCACACCUCUGAGUCAAUACAUGUUAGAAUCACCGUUAACAGCAACUACAUCUGUGAGUCUUUCUGGGUAAGUCUCUAAGAGCUUUGCACACCUGGAUUGUACAAUAUUAGGCAAUUUGUUAUUUUCAAAAUUCUUCAAGCUCUGUCAAAUUGGUUGUAGAUCAUUGCUAGACAACCAUUUUCAAGUCUUGCCAUAGAUUUUAAAGUAGCUUAAACUGUAACUUGGCCACUCAGGAACAUUCACUGUCUUCUUGGUAAGCAACUCCAGUAUAGAUUUUUUCCACCUGUCACCAGAGGGCGGCAGAGACCAUCUUAGAGACAUUAACAACAUUCAGGUGUGUCCAAUUUACUCAUUAUGAUUUCCCUCUUAAAAUAUGUAUGUUUUCUGUUGUCCUCUGCAGAAGCUUGAAUUGUGUGCGUUUGUCUCCUGAGUAAAUUUUCGAGACUUAGUGUUUGUUGGUUUCCCAGUGUGACUGUGAUCCUUCCGUUACCGUUUCUAAGUAAAGCAAGCUUCAGCCUACAACAUGGACCCAGCAAAAGAUCACCCAGAUCAAGAAUGUUGUAACCCACCAAGGAGCACUGCUGGGUGGCAGCCAAAACAACUCUACCAGAUAUCAGAAACUCUCCGGGCACUUAGACUCCGUCCAACCCAGGAGGAACCAAUGCCUAAGUCUCAUCACACUGCUACUGGCGUUGCUGUAGUUCUUCCAUGGAACCUGCACUGGGAACCCAAGAUCCCAGCCCCCGAGCGUUAUGACGACCACCCGGGAGGAUACAAGGGGUUCCACUCCCAGUGUGCUCUGGUGUUUGAGCUACAGUCCUCCUUGUUCCAUACCGAUCAAGCCAUGAUCGCCUACAUAAUCUCUCUAUUCUCAGGCUAGGCCCUGGCGUGGGCAACGGCUGUGUGGGAACAACAGCCACUGUCCUGCAGCUCCAUAUUAGCCUUCACUGCUGCGCUGUGACGAUUCUUCGACCACCCAGUUGGCGACCGAGAAGCGGCCAGCCGACUGUUCAACAUCUGUCAAGGGGCCAGACCAGUCGACUUAGACAUUGAGUUCCGUACCCUCGCCGCAGAGAGUGGGUGGAAUACAUAGGCACUGGUCACCGCUUUCCACCAGGGGUUGUCUAACUCAAUCAAGGUUGAACUGGCCUCUCGAGAACUGGGCGAGGACCUCAAGUCCCUGAUAACGCUGGCAAUCAGGAUCGACAACCAUCUCCGAAAGUGCUUUUUUGACACCACCCCAGUUUCCUGAGCACCCCAAGCCCCUAGAACCUGGCAUUGAGGAGCCUAUGCAGCUGAGCCCACAUGAGCGUGACAGGCGCAUGCGCAAAGGCUCCUGCCUCUACUGUGGAGGUCUCGGCCAUCUCCGUGCUACAUGCCCCAGUCUGAUGGGAAACGCUGAGGCUCAACAGCACAAGGGGAGACCCUGAUGAGCUGUGCAGUUACAUCCCAGCUACCCAGUCACUGUCUGACACUACCCGCAACCAUCCAUUGGGACAACCUUCAGCACCACUUUCAAGCCUUCGUGGACUCCAGGGCUGCAGAUAAUUUCAUUCACCAAGACUUCGCCAGAGAAUUACAAAUCCCCUGCGUGAAAUGUCCCAUUCCUCUGCAGAUUCAAGCCCUUGAUGGACGCCCCAUUGGCUCCGGCCAGGUGGAAUAUCAGACCAAGCCCAUUCUACUGCAGGUUGGGGUGAGCCACUCAGACUCUUAGUUUUCUUUUGGUCACUGCUCCCGAGAACCACCUUAUCCUAGGGUACCUCUGGCUUGUGCUACAUAAUCCACUAUUAAUGGGGUAAGAACUGCCAGACUAAAUGCCUAAGACCCCCACCAAGAGCCUUGUUGUGUUCCCCAGGAUCCAUUGAAGACCAAGCCCUUUCCGCUCUCCCUUCAGAGUACUUCGACCUCUGGGAGGCCUUCAGUAAGAGGCAAUCCACCACCAUCCCUCCUCAUUGUCCAUACGAUUGCGCCAUAACUCCUACCCGGAUCCACAUCCCCAGCUAGUGCAGGCUUUUUCUUUGUGUUCAGAGGGCUGAGCAGGAUUACAAUUAAGAAGCAUUACCCCCUACCCCUGAUGUCCACCGCCUUGGAGUUGGCCCAUGGGGCCCAAUUCUUCACCAAACUGGACCUACACAACGCUUACAAUCAGGGAGGAAGAUGAAUGGAAGACUGCCUUUAACACUCCGAGUAGCCACUGAGUAUUUAGUCAUACCCUUCAGAUUAUCGAACUCACCGGCUGUCUUCCAAGCAUUGGUCAAUGACACUCUUAGGGAUAUGUUGAAUCGGUUCAUUUUUGUUUACCUCGACGGCAUCCCGAUCUUCUCCAAACCCUUACGGAACAUACACUGUACGUCCACCAAGUCCUGAGACGCCUCCCGCAGAGCCAACUACAGUGGUUCCUCCUUUAAAAGUUGCGUCAUACUGCAGCACACCUUGAGGGCUGCUGCAGAAUUCUAUGGCACGUUAUUUAUUUGUCAGCCAUUUAUUUUCUGUUAAUGCGAGUUAGUGCUAGUUUGACCACCAGAGGGCAUCUUUGAGAAGCAUUUGAUAGUCUUCCAUAUUGGCAUUACCAGAGAAUUAAAAAAAAAAAAUUUAAAAAAUUGGCUUUAUUUGAUUCAUAUUGUGGUGUUUCUAUUCCCGAGAAACGAAAAAUUAAACCUUCAGGGUUUCUGUUAGAAAAUAUGGCUCUCUACAAGGUGACGGUCGGGAGUAGGCUACAGCAUAAGAGGAUUGUAGGAAUCUAAAUUAAUAUCUAAGGGGCAUAACAUUUCCACAUCCUGAUUGUAGUGUAACUGAACUUUCAGUUGAGCGUACUUGCUCUGUGCCUUCUCUACUGGAAGUUAAUGCUGUUGCUAUGCAACCUCUUGCUCACACCUUUGGGUGUGUUCUUAAAUUCAAUUGAGUGCCAGCGCUCAUAAAUUCAGAGCAUUGUCAGUUUGUAAAUUCAGACCGUUUUGCUCUCGGGGCGCACACUGGACUUUUGGACUGAGGAGUAGGGCUGAUUUGAGCGAUCUGGCCUUACAACGGCAGUCAAGCACCCAAGCUAACGUUGGAUAGCUUGCUAGCUACUUUCAGACACAAAUGAGACCAUUCUGACCAUUUUACUCGUCCUAGCAGAGCUGGUUAGGCAGUUUUCAUGUUAACCAGAGCGUUGGUAGCUGUAACUGUGCUGCUGGAAACCAUUUAAUUCUGCUUGAUUUGCCAACUUUUACUGACACCGGUCAUAUUCAACGGGUGUUGAGCACUCAUAAAUUCAUUAUUCUGCGUCUCUGGGGAAACUCAAACGAGAGUACUCUGACAUCGGAGUAGAUAGCCAGAGCGAAUUUACGAAAGCACCCGAAUGUCCAUUGAGAACGCACAAUGACUAUACCAUUUAGCUAAGCUAAGAAUGACGGGAAUAAUCAAGUCAAUAAACAUUGGGUAGUUAGCCUAUAGUUAAUAUACUGGCAAGUUUGUUUGAUGUAUAACUUUCAAUUUCGCUAUAACUACUAAUGUUAGGUACAUAGCUAACAUACCGGUACAUACUGCUGUAAUGAUAUGCUAUGUGGUUCGUAAGGACAAUGUCGCUAACAAAUUUUCAGCCAACAUAACGUGUAAGGUAACUUAUUUGAAAAGUUAUUACUUUAUUACAUUGAGUAGCAAGCUACCGCGAGGACGUGCUCAAUCGACUCUGCGGCUUGAGCAUGCUUUUGGUGCAAAGUCGAUAGCGCGCUGGACUUCGCGCAAGAAGGUUGAGGGUUUGAAACCUGCUCCCUGCUUGUUUCAUUUGAAGUCGUGCACAAUUAUCAGUUUAUUUGGUUUAUAUUGCCCAUUCAUUGUCAGAGACAUAGUAGUGCAUUGGGACCCAAAAGCAUAAUCAGUGCUCUAACUCCCCCUUGGUCAUUGGGGCAAAUCUGGUCUUUGAUAGGAGUUUUUUUUUCCUUCACACCUAGCUUGGCUAUUAGACUAUUCUUUAGUAAAGGUUGAAUAGUAUAUUCAGAUAUUAGCCCCCCUCCCCAACUUGCAACAAAUUGUUAAAACUAUUUUCUUUUCUAUCAAAAAAAAAUGUUCUGAAAGCAAAAAUGAUGCUUAAAAGUAAAAAAAAAAAUGUUGCUAUCAAAUAUUUUGUGAAAGAGCGCAAACAUUUUUAUUCCCCCAAAAAUGUAUUUGAAAACAAAACUCCAAUAUAAUUUCGCUAUCAACCACGCUCUAUUUUGACAAUUUUUGGAGUGUCAAUUUGGGUGCAACCAAUACUUUCUUUCCGACACAAAGGAAGCCAUAGCGGAUACCUACUUCUCUAAUUUUCUCUUUCUCUCGGAGGACCUGAGCCCUAGGACCAUACGUCGGGACUACCGGCCGUGGUGACUCCUUGCUGCCCCCAGUCCGCCUGGCCUUGCUGCUAUUCCAGUUUCAACUCUUCUGCCUGCGGUUAUGGAACCCCUACCUGUCCCAGACCUGCUGUUUUCAACUCUUAAUGAUCGGCUAUGAAAAGCCAACUGAGAUUUAUUCCUGAUUAUUAUUUGACCAUGCUUGUCAUUUAUGAACAUUUUGAAAAUCUUGGCUCUCUCUAAUUUUCUCCUUCUCUCUUUCUUUCUCUCGGAGGACCUGGGCCCUAGGACCAUGCGUCGGGACUGCCGCCCGUGGUGACUCCUUGCUGUCCCCAGUCCGCCUGGCCUUGCUGCUAUUCCAGUUUCAGCUGUUCUGCCUGCGGUUAUGGAACCGCCACCUGUCCCAGACCUGUUGUUUUUCAACUCUUAAUGAUCAGCUAUGAAAAGCCAACUGAAAAUUAUUCAUGAUUAUUAUUUGACCAUGCUUGUCACUUAUGAACAUUUUUGAACAUCUUGGCAUAGUUCUGUUAUAAUCUCCACCCGGCACAGCCAGAAGAGGACUGGCCACCCCUCAUAGCCUGGUUCCUCUCUAGGUUUCUUCCUAGGUUUUGGCCUUUCUAGGCAGUUUUUCCUAGCCACCGUGCUUCUACACCUGCAUUACUAGCUGUUUGGGGUUUUAGGCUGGGUUUCUGUACAGCACUUCAAGAUAUUAGCUGAUGUACGAAGGGCUAUAUAAAAUAAAAUUGAUUGAUUGA